AUGAGCGCCGAAGAGGACCCCUCGCAGUCCGGCUACGAUGACAGCAUGGCAGGACCUGGCGCUCCUACGCCCUUGAGUGCUCUCGAGGGUGUGAACGGCCUGACUGCACGCGACAUCAAGCUCGUCGUCGACGGUGGCUACCACACGGUAGAGUCGGUGGCAUAUACGCCCAAGCGCGUGCUCGAGCAGAUCAAGGGAAUCUCGGAGCAGAAGGCGACCAAAAUCCUGGCCGAGGCCGCGAAGCUGGUUCCUAUGGGAUUCACCACCGCAACAGAAAUGCAUCAAAGACGCAGCGAGCUGAUCUCCAUUACCACUGGCUCAAAGCAGCUCGAUACUCUCCUCGCUGGCGGCAUCGAGACUGGCUCCAUUACGGAAAUUUUCGGAGAAUUCAGAACUGGAAAAAGUCAAAUUUGCCACACUCUUGCGGUAACGUGCCAGCUUCCCUUCGAUAUGGGCGGUGGAGAAGGCAAGUGUUUGUACAUUGACACGGAAGGCACUUUUCGACCUGUUCGUUUGUUGGCGGUGGCAAACCGUUACGGACUAUCGGGCGAAGAGGUCUUGGAUAACGUUGCAUAUGCCCGCGCAUACAACUCGGACCACCAGCUAUCGCUUUUGCAGCAGGCUUCGCAGAUGAUGACGGAGACCCGUUUCUCGCUGCUCAUUGUCGACUCGGCAACAUCCCUGUACAGAACCGACUUUGCGGGCCGUGGUGAGCUUUCGGCACGCCAGGUCCAUCUUGCCAAGUUCAUGCGCACUCUGCAGCGCCUAGCCGACGAGUUCGGCAUCGCUGUCGUCAUCACAAACCAGGUCGUGGCGCAAGUUGACGGUGGCCCCAGUGCCAUGUUCAACCCCGAUCCGAAGAAGCCUAUUGGCGGCAACAUCAUUGCGCAUGCAAGCACAACGCGUCUCAGCCUGAAGAAAGGCCGCGGUGAGACUAGGUUAUGCAAGAUCUAUGACAGCCCGUGUCUGCCUGAGAGUGACUGCAUGUUCGCCAUCAACGAGGACGGUAUUGGCGAUCCCAGCCCCAAGGACUUGGAAAAAGAGUAG